AUGGAUUUAGAAGUAGCUCAAGUUAUAAUAGAUGAAUCCACUGAUAUAACUACUACAAAACUUAAUCAAGAUCCAGAUGCCUUUGAAGAAGAAAUUGAUGAUUCUAUUAACAGGACCAAACAUUGGGUAGAAUUGGUUCAAAAUUGGAUGGAUACGAUUGAUGAUAACAAAGACAUUUCUGAUCCUUUAGGAUCACCUGAUUUUUCAUUGUCAUCAUUGUAUCAACAAGACUUUUUUGGUAAAUUAACUGAUUUAACACCAAGGUGA